AUUCAAAACUGCUUCAAAGAAAUAUUAAAUUUGUUUACAUAGCCUCCAACAUUCAUUCAUAAACUUGUUCCAUUCACCACAUUUCGGAUUCAAAACAUUCAUCAUCAUCAUCAUCAUCAUCAUCUCUGUCACCAAUCCACACCAUGUCAUCGAAUCCAGAAAUGGGAGCAGACGACGACGUUGAAGCCGCCGGCGCAGACGGCGGUUUCCGCUCCCCGAUCGGCCGCAAGUACCGCCCUGUCUUAGCCAACGAUCGUGCCGUCCUCGAAAUGUCUUCCAUAGAUCCAGGAUCUUCCUCUUCGUCUUCCUCUGUCAUUCCAGAUCCCCCUCCUAAUCUCAGGAAAAUCAAUGUAGGUAGCAGUUUGAAUGCGAGUUCAGAUGCUAAAGAAGGGAAAUCUUCUCAUCCACCACAACCUAAUGGUCCCCAGCAGGAUUCUAAGCUUGAAUUGUUUGGUUUUGAUUCUCUUGUCAACAUUCUUGGUCUUAAAAGCAUGACUGGUGAGCAAGUUGCAGCACCAUCUAGUCCUAGAGAUGGUGAGGACAUUACCAUCCCUGCUGGGCUACCAAAGCCUCCUGCUCUCAGACUAGGUACAAUGAUGGGUGUAUUCAUUCCAUGUUUACAAAGCAUUUUGGGCAUCAUCUACUACAUUCGUUUCUCUUGGAUUGUUGGUAUGGGUGGCAUAGGAGGGACACUGUUGCUUGUUGCUUUAUGUGGCACUUGCACCUUCCUUACUGCAAUUUCAUUGAGUGCUAUUGCAACCAAUGGUGCCAUGAAGGGUGGAGGGCCGUACUAUCUCAUAGGACGUGCCCUUGGUCCAGAAGUUGGAGUUAGCAUUGGACUAUGCUUCUUCCUGGGAAAUGCAGUUGCUGGAGCACUCUACGUAUUGGGAGCUGUAGAAACAUUUUUGAAAGCGGUUCCUGCUGCUGGGAUUUUUAGAGAGACCAUCACACAGGUUAAUGGUACUACAAUUGCACAACCAAUUGAGAGUCCAAGUUCUCAUGACCUGCAAAUUUACGGGAUUGUUGUGACUAUUGUGUUAUGCUUUAUUGUAUUUGGAGGAGUGAAGAUGAUAAAUCGGGUUGCACCUGCUUUUCUUAUACCUGUUUUAUUCUCACUCAUAUGCAUAUAUUUGGGAAUUCUUUUGGCAAGGGAGGAUCAUCCCGCAGAGGGAAUUACUGGGUUGAGUUUGGAGACACUUAAAGACAAUUGGGGUUCAGAAUAUCAAAAGACUAACGAUGCUGGAAUUCCAGAACCUGAUGGCUCUGUAAGCUGGAAUUUCAAUGCAUUGGUGGGCCUUUUUUUCCCAGCUGUGACAGGAAUAAUGGCAGGUUCUAAUAGAUCAUCUUCUCUGAAAGAUACUCAACGAUCAAUUCCCCUUGGAACCUUAGCUGCAACUCUUGUAACUACUUUUAUGUAUCUUGUUUCCGUGAUAAUGUUUGGCGCCCUUGCUACUAGAGAGAAGCUUUUAACUGACAGGCUACUUACAGCUACAGUUGCCUGGCCUUUUCCUUCAUUAAUUAAGAUUGGAAUUAUUCUUUCAACUAUGGGUGCUGCUCUUCAGAGCUUGACUGGCGCCCCGCGUCUGCUUGCAGCAAUAGCCAAUGAUGAUAUUUUACCCAUUUUGAAAUACUUUAAAGUUGCGGAUGGCAGUGAGCCGCAUGUUGCUACCCUUUUCACGGCUUUCCUAUGUUCUGGGUGUGUCGUUAUUGGGAAUCUGGAUCUUAUCACUCCAACUGUAACUAUGUUUUUCCUUCUAUGUUAUGCUGGUGUCAACUUAUCCUGCUUCCUUCUCGAUCUUCUAGAUGCUCCUAGUUGGCGUCCUCGGUGGAAAUUUCACCAUUGGAGUCUGUCACUUGUGGGAGCAUUACUUUGCAUAGUGAUCAUGUUCCUAAUUUCUUGGUCUUUCACUGUGGUGUCUUUGGCCCUUGCAAGCCUUAUAUAUAAGUACGUGAGCCUCAAAGGAAAGGCUGGAGACUGGGGAGAUGGUUUCAAAAGUGCUUAUUUCCAACUAGCACUUCGUAGCCUUAGGUCACUAGGAGCAAGUCAAGUGCACCCAAAGAAUUGGUAUCCAAUUCCACUAGUAUUUUGCCGACCCUGGGGCAGACUACCAGAAAAUGUUCCCUGUCAUCCCAAACUUGCAGACUUUGCUAACUGUAUGAAGAAGAAAGGUCGUGGAAUGUCAAUAUUUGUCUCUAUACUAGACGGGGAUUACCAUGAAUGUGCUGAAGAUGCCAAGGCUGCUUGCAAACAACUCAGUACCUAUAUUGAUUACAAGAAUUGUGAAGGUGUGGCUGAGAUUGUUGUAGCCCCUAACAUGUCUGAAGGUUUUCGUGGCAUUGUUCAGACAAUGGGCCUUGGCAAUCUCAAGCCAAACAUCGUGGUGAUGCGUUACCCAGAAAUCUGGCGUCGGGAGAACUUGACAGAAAUCCCGGCCACCUUUGUUGGUAUAAUUAAUGAUUGUAUUGUUGCAAACAAGGCAGUAGUUAUAAUGAAGGGUCUUGAUGAAUGGCCAAAUGAGUACCAGAAGCAAUAUGGUACUAUAGAUUUGUAUUGGAUUGUAAGAGAUGGUGGUCUCAUGCUUCUUCUCUCUCAAUUGCUUCUUACCAAGGAGAGCUUCGAGAGUUGCAAGAUUCAGGUUUUCUGUAUUGCAGAAGAGGAUGCAGAUGCAGAGGGGCUGAAAGCUGAUGUAAAAAAAUUCCUUUACGAUCUUCGGAUGCAGGCAGAAGUCUUUGUCAUAACAAUGAAAUGGGAUGCAUCAGUAGACCCAGGGUCUCCGCAAGAUGAGUCAUUAGAUGCAUUUACUAGUGCUAAGCAAAGAAUUGGUGAUUAUUUAACCCAAAUGAAGGCCUCAGCAGAGAGAGAAGGUACCCCUCUAAUGGCGGAUGGUAAGACUGUAGUUGUGAACGAGGCGCAGGUCGAGAAGUUUCUAUACACGACGCUUAAACUCAACUCUAUAAUUUUGAGAUACUCAAGAAUGGCUGCUGUUGUGUUUGUAAGUCUGCCCCCACCUCCAUUGAGCCACCCAGCAUAUUUCUAUAUGGAAUACAUGGAUCUGUUACUGGAGAAUAUACCGAGGAUUUUGCUUGUAAGAGGAUAUCGUAGAGACGUUGUAACUCUAUUCACAUAGUUUGAAAUGGAUCCUAGCACAGCAAUCCUGUUUCUUCCUCAUUGUUUAUAUUUUUGUAGUUUACAUGCAAGGCUAAUUCUUUCUACCAAUUUUCGUGCUGAAGAGGAUCUUUUGUACCCACCAGAUUUUAUAGAAAAAUAUGAAAUUGUAUUCAUUUUUAGGACUUUUAAUUAUUUUCAUAGCAGAUGAGAAUUA